CUGACCUCUUGCUACGCUCGUCGGAUCAUCACCAUGCUGGAGCUGACUUCGGCAAUUAAAAACUAACAGAGGCCGGUGGAGCUAAUCAACGAGCAGGCAUCGCCAUCGUGCUAUCACAGGAGUCAAAACACGAAGACACCGACGCGGUCGGCACAUGCACCCGCGCGGAAGCAGCAUCGGAUCGCACGCUACGUAGCUCCUAAUAAUGGCGCUACCUCCUCGUCUCCUUCUGGUGGCCCUUCUCCUCGUCGCCCUCACCGGAGAGGCGGACGCCGGUGGCGCUGGCCAUGGCCACGCGCGCUACGACCGCGUCUUCAGCUUCGGUGACUCGCUCACCGACACCGGCAACUCGGCCAUUCUCCCGGUCACCGCCGGGGGGCCCUUCACCAACCCGCCGUACGGGCAGACCCACUUUGGCCGGCCCAACGGCAGGGCCUCCGACGGCCGCCUCGUCAUCGACUUCAUCGUGGAGUCUCUGGGGUUGCCGCCGCCAACUCCGUACCUCGCCGGCAAGACCGCGCAAGACUUCCGGCACGGCGCGAACUUCGCGGUGGGCGGCGCGACGGCGCUUGACCCGGCGUUCCUGCAGAGCAGAGGGAUCACAUCCUUCGUGCCGGUCGCUCUCAGCAACCAGACGAGCUGGUUCAACGGUGUUUUGCAGCUUCUCGACUCCACUGGCAACGGGCAGCGCAAGAUCAUGGCGAGCUCCCUCUUGUACCUGGGAGAGAUCGGAUUCAACGACUACUCUUUCGUCGCCGUCUUCGGCAACGGCACCGUGGGCCUGGCGCAGAGCCUGGUGCCGCACAUCGUCGGCGCCAUCCGUUCAGUCCUGACCGACGCGAUCGGUGUUGGAGCGCGGACGAUGGUGGUGGCGGGGAUGAUACCGAUGGGCUGCGAGCCGGAGCUGCUGGCCAUGCUACCCGGCGGCGGGGGCGACUACUACGACCGGGCGUCCGGCUGCAUCGCGCGGUUCAACCAGCUCGCCCAGCUGCACAACCGCGCGCUGAAGCGCAUGCUCUGUCAGCUCCGGCGAGACCACCCCGGCACGGCCAUCCACUACGCCGACCUGUACCGCCCCAUCACCGCGGUCGUAUCCUCGCCCAGAAAAUACGGCUUCGGCGACAUACCCUUGGCAGCGUGCUGCGGCGGCGGCGGCGGGCCGUACAACUUCAACUUCACCUUCUUCUGCGGCACUCCGGCGGCAACCGCGUGCGCCGACCCGUCGAGGUCCGUUUCGUGGGAUGGGAUCCAUUACACGGAGGCUGCAAAUAAGUUCGUUGCACACGCCAUACUGAGGGGGUUGUAAUGAGCCAUCAACGAACAAAACACAAAGAAGGCCUGGACAACAACGGGAAAAAAAUAUGAGUUGUUCAUAAAUUAUACUUACUUUUGUUAUUUUUUUCUAAAGAAGGCAAAAGAUUUGCCUUAUUCAUGGAUUAUAAGAUGGGAAAAAAGUUUAAGGUUUGUGUAA